AUGUUCAGGAAUAACCAGGUCCAAGAGAUAUCCAAGAAACUGGAAUUCCAAAGCCAAGAGUGGGGUGAGGCGGAAGGAGGAAGAGAAGGUGCUGGUGGAGCAGCACUGAAAGUUAAACAUAUCUCCAAAGAUUUACAGAUCAUCUCCACCAAACAUAAAACACCUGCUUAUGGCUCGCUUGGCCCAUACGGUUGGCCUCAGAACUUCUCACAAGCCCUGGAUCAGUAUCUGUAUCGUCCUCCUCCCAAAUCCAAACCUCCAGCUAAAACUUCCCCAAAGGCCAAAAAGAUCCUGGGCUGGGGGGAUUUUUACUUUAAUGUGAAAACAGUGAAAUUUAGCCUCUUGGUGACAGGGAAGAUUGUGGAUCACAUCAAUGGAACAUUCAGCGUCUACUUCCGCCACAAUUCAUCCCGUCUGGGAAACAUAUCUGUCAGCAUCGUUCCACCUUCCAAAGCUGUGGGAUGGGAGGUUCUUGAUCCUGCAUCUCAGAGUGUUCACACUAAAAACUCAGUACUGCUCCCAGAUCUGAUGUCCCAGUUGCCAAGCCCUCCUCAGUCCACCAGCUCCACUCCUCCCGAACAGCAGAAGCAGCAGCAGGACAUGAUGAUGGUGACUGAACUCAACUGCCGGAUCGAGUACCAGAGAACCAACCGGUCCAAGAAGACCAAGCCCUGCAUGUACGACCCAGGCCAGACAUGCUACUCAGAAAACACCCAGUCCCAGGCAGCCUGGAUCUGUGCCAAACCAUUUAAGGUUAUAUGCAUCUUCAUCGCCUUCACUGGCACAGAUUACAGACUGGUGCAGAAAGUUUGCCCUGAGCAGAACCAGCAGCACUUUGGGUGACAAAUUCUGAGAUAUGAUACACUGACUUCUCACUCGUCCUUCAAACAUCCUUCAGAAUCAUAUGUUCAGUUUUCCAAACACCUUCAACAUAAAGAUACAUCGUCAGCCUGUCAGUGAAUGCAGAUUAAGCCAAAACUUGUGUUGUCUUUUUUAAGGAUUUAAGUUUUGUGUAAGCUUUGUGUUGUCUGAAAGCACACUCAUUAAAACAUUAACGCUGAUUUUGAAUUUGUGUUUAAAACUUUUGCCUCACGAUUAUGCAUUAAUUAAGGUUUUCAUCCAAAAUUUGACUUGUAUUCUUUUUUUUUUUUUACUUAAAAAA